UGAGCUGUCAAUUGCUAAUAGGAGUGACGUUUAGGAUAGGAAGUUUUAAACGUGUCUCUUUAAAUAGCCGAUAUUGAAAUAUUUUAAUAACUUGUACUGAUUCAAUUAAAAGUACAAUAGAAAUGACGAAUUCGGAUCGUAAAGGAACCUUUAAGGUUGAGUACCUACAAGAAAUUGAAAAAAAAGUGCAGGAACGAUGGGAUCGGGAAAAAAUCUUCGAAAUGGAAGCCCCGGACGAUGGAAAAAAACAUGAAAAAUUUAUGUGCACUUUUCCAUAUCCAUAUAUGAAUGGCCGUUUACACCUUGGUCACACAUUUUCUCUCUCAAAAUGUGAGUUUGCAUCAAGAUACUACAGGUUAAAAGGUAGAAAGGUUUUAUUUCCUUUUGGUUUCCAUUGCACUGGUAUGCCAAUCAAAGCAUGUGCCGAUAAGCUUAAAAGAGAAAUGGAAUUGUAUGGAUGUCCACCAGUAUUUCCUGAAGAUAAAGAAGUAGAAGUUCAAGAACAGACAGAUAUUGUUCCCAAGGAUAAGAGUAAAGGGAAAAAAAGUAAAGCAGUUGCUAAAGCCGGGGCUGCGAAGUAUCAGUGGCAGAUUAUGCAGAGCAUUGGUGUUCCUGAGGAGGAAAUUAAAGAAUUUGCUAAUGAGAGCUAUUGGCUUGAGUAUUUCCCACCGCUGGCUGUUGCUGAUUUAAAAAGAAUGGGCAUUCAUGUUGACUGGCGUAGAAAGUUUAUAACAACUGAUGCAAAUCCGUUUUAUGAUUCAUUUGUAAGAUGGCAAUUCAAUCACCUUAAAGAACGUAAAAAAAUAAUGUAUGGCAAGCGUUAUACAAUUUUCUCGCCCUUGGAUAAACAACCGUGUAUGGACCAUGAUCGAAGCACAGGGGAAGGUGCUGGUCCACAAGAAUAUACUCUUAUCAAAUUAGAGGUUUUGGAACCUCUGCCCAAAGUUUUUAAAUCUUUUAAAGGAAAAAAGGUAAAUUUUGUAGCGGCAACUCUGAGACCCGAGACAAUGUAUGGUCAAACAAACUGCUGGGUCCACCCUGAUAUAAAAUACAUUGCCUUCGAAACUGUAAACGAUGGUAUUUUUAUUUGCACCAAAAGAGCGGCAAGAAACAUGAGCUAUCAAGAUUUUACCGAAAAAGACGGAGAGUUCAAUGUACUCGAAAAUUUUAUUGGGCAAGAUCUUUUAGGCAUUGCACUUAAAUCUCCAGCUACGUGUUACGAAAAGAUAUAUUCACUGCCAAUGUUGACAAUUAAAGAAGAUAAAGGCACCGGAAUAGUUACAAGUGUAAUAUCUGACUCACCUGAUGAUUACGCAGCAUUUGUUGACUUGCAAAAGAAGCCAGCUUUCAGAGAAAAGUACGGUAUCACAGAUGAAAUGGUUCUUCCAUACAAACCGGUCCCCAUACUCGAAAUUCCGGAGUUUGGCAACCUCUCAGCUGUACAUGUGUAUGAUCAAUUAAAAAUACAGAGUCAAAACGAUAAAGACAAACUACUGCAAGCCAAAGAAAUGGUUUACUUAAAAGGUUUCUAUGACGGUGUUUUAUUGGUCGGUGAAUUCAAGGGCUCGAAGGUUCAGGAUGUUAAGAAGAAUGUGCAAAUGAAACUAAUUGAACAAAAGGGAGCCUGUAUUUAUUACGAACCUGAGAAAACGAUUAUAUCGAGGUCUGGAGACGAGUGCGUUGUUGCACUUUGUAAUCAGUGGUAUCUUGAUUAUGGUAAUGAAGAAUGGAAGGCUCAAGCGGAGAAUGCAUUGGCGCAAAUGAACACCUAUCAUGAUGAAGUUAGAAAAAAUUUCCAAGCUACCCUAAAAUGGCUGCAUGAGUAUGCCUGUUCUAGGACAUAUGGUCUUGGAACUAAAUUACCUUGGGAUCAACAAUGGGUUAUUGAAUCUCUCUCCGACUCUACUAUUUAUAACGCAUACUAUACAAUUUCCCACUUUAUACAAGGUAAUACAUUUAGGGGUAACGCUGAAAAUGAGCUAAAAAUAAAACCAGAAGAUAUGACAGAUGAAGUUUGGGACUAUGUUUUCUUUAAAAAUGCACCACUACCUAAAAAUACUAAAAUAUCUAAAGAAUCACUACAAAGAAUGAAAAAAUCAUUCCAGUUCUGGUACCCAGUUGAUCUUAGGGUCUCGGGAAAGGAUCUGAUUCAGAAUCACUUAACCUUUUAUAUUUACAACCAUUGCGCGAUUUGGCAAAAUGAAGAAGACAAAUGGCCGAAAGGGAUUCGGGCUAAUGGGCAUUUGAUGUUAAAUUCUGCAAAAAUGUCCAAGUCAGACGGAAACUUCUUAACUCUCACUGAAAGUGUGGACAAGUUUAGUGCGGACGGAAUGAGGCUUACUUUGGCUGACGCCGGUGAUUCAGUUGAAGACGCAAAUUUCGUAGAAAGCACAGCCGAUGCGGCCAUUUUGAGGCUUUAUACAUUUAUUGAAUGGGUGAAGGAAAUUAUUGCUACUAAAUCCAGCUUAAGAACUGGCGAUUACAAUUUUCACGACAAAGUUUUCGUGAGCGAGAUGAACGCGAAAAUUAAUCAAACCGAUGACAAUUACAAAAGAAUGUUAUUCAAAGAGGCUCUAAAGACUGGUUUCUUCGAGCUUCAAGCCGCUAGAGACAAAUACAGGGAACUUUGCUCAGACAACGGCAUGCAUGUAGAGCUAGUGAUGCGGUAUAUAGCGACGCAGGCGAAACUUAUGUCCCCGAUAUGUCCUCACGUUGCAGAACAUGUUUGGGAACUUUUGGAUAAUAAGGAGAGCAUUCUCCAUGAACAAUGGCCGGUAGCGGGAGAAAUAGAUGAAGUCGCAGUACAAGCCAGUAACUACUUAAUGGAAGCCGCUCACUCUUUUCGGAUUUACCUCAAGAAUCACUGUGCUGUUAAGAAACCUAAAAAAGGUGAAGUCGCCAAACAGGAGCCCAAACCUACCAAAGCAAUUAUUUGGGUAGCCAAAGAAUAUCCUAAAUGGCAACAUAUUAUAUUGAGUACUAUGGAAGAACUGAAAACGCCAUCGGGCCUGCCGGAUAACAAGACGAUAUCCGCGAAGCUGUCGUCGCUCCCCGAGCUCCAGAGGUACAUGAAGCGAGCGAUGCCGUUCGUGCAGGCGGUGCGCGAGCGCGGGCCCGGCGGCGCCGCCGCGCUGCCCUUCGACGAGGCCGCCGUGCUGCGGGACAACGCGCCCUACCUGCUGCAGACGCUGGACCUGGAGUCGAUCGAAGUGAAGUACGCGGACAGCGCGGAGGCGGGCGAGAAGACGCGCGAGGAGUGCGCGCCCGGCGCGCCGCACGUGACGUUCGCGGCGGCGCGGCGCGUGGCGCUGGCGCUCGCCAACCCCGCGCCGCGCUCCGGCCUGUUCGCCGCGGCGCUGGGGCUCGCCGACGGGGACUCGGUGGCGCAGCUCAAGGCCCGGCUCGCUAAGGAGGUCAAAGCCGUCAAGGAUUUGAGUGGUCUAAAGUUAUGGCGGUACAAUGAUCCAGUUCUCGGUCCGCGGAAAAUCCCUGUAAUCGGCGAUUACCAGACCAAGUGUUCUUUGUUGGAUAACGACUCAGUGUUUAAAGUAGAUGUCGACGCUAACAAAGUUGAGCUCGUCCAGAACGGCACUAAUGUCGACGUGGGCGUUCACCUGAUUUAUACUUACGAGUAAAUUAAUAAAUUAUUUAUAUAUUUA